UUCUUUAUUAUUUCCCAUUUUUUAUUUUUUCCGGCCAAAAUUAAAAUCCAAUUUAUUACAACAUUUCAUUUUUCAAUAUUAUUUUUCAAUUUCAAUAAUCUAUGAUUCUAUGUUUUAAAUUUCUAAUCCCAUUUUUUUUCAGGGUUUCUUUCACUUUUACAUAAACCCUUAUACUCCUCUUUAUCUUCAAGAAUUCUUCAAGAUUCUUGAACCCACUCAUAAAUUAGGGUCACUGUGCAGAAAAAAAAAGUGAAAUUUGUGGAAAAAAAUGGAAGCUUUGAUACAAACAAAAGGGCUUCUAUCUCUCCCUUCAAAUCCCAAAUCUUUAAAUUUCUUUAAUCGGCCCCAAAACUCUCUUCGCCAACGAAUUAAUCUUCCAAAUUCAUUAAAACCCAAAUCUACAAAUGGGUUUUCAAGAAAUCUUGAUGGGUAUAAAAAAUUUGGAAGCUUUUUGACACCUACUGGGUUGACUCCCACCCAAAAAGUCAAAUUUCAUGUCUGUAAGGCUUCCGCCGCCGCCGCCGUGCCGGACGGUGACGGAGCUGAACCGCCGAAGUUUUUGGGUGUUGAGGUUCUGACCUUGAAAAAGAUUGUGCCUUUAGGGUUGAUGUUUUUUUGUAUUCUUUUCAAUUACACAAUUCUUAGGGAUACUAAAGAUGUGUUGGUUGUAACAGCUAAAGGGUCAAGUGCUGAAAUCAUACCCUUUUUGAAAACUUGGGUGAAUUUGCCUAUGGCAAUUGGGUUUAUGCUUUUGUAUACAAAGUUGUCAAAUGUGUUGUCAAAGAAGGCUCUUUUUUACACUGUAAUGCUUCCAUUUAUUGCUUUCUUUGGGGCUUUUGGGUUUGUGUUUUAUCCUCUUAGUGGUUACUUUCACCCAACAGCUCUUGCUGAUAGACUUCUUGAGUUUUUGGGCCCUCGGUUUCUCGGACCGCUUGCGAUUUUGAGGAUUUGGAGUUUUUGUUUGUUUUAUGUCAUGGCUGAGCUUUGGGGUAGUGUGGUGGUUUCAGUUCUGUUUUGGGGAUUUGCAAAUCAGAUAACUACUGUAGAGGAAGCCAAGAAAUUCUACCCUCUAUUUGGUCUAGGAGCAAAUGUUGCUCUGAUCUUCUCGGGCCGUACAGUGAAAUAUUUUUCAAACAUGAGAAAACAUUUGGGCCCCGGGGUCGAUGGAUGGGCCAUUUCUUUAAAAUAUAUGAUGAGCAUUGUUGUGAUUAUGGGGUUAGCAAUCUGUGGUCUUUAUUGGUGGGUCAAUGCUUACGUUCCGCUUCCUACCCGUAGCAAAAAGAAGAAGGAAAAAGUGAACAUGUCGACAAUGGAGAGUUUGAAGUUUUUGGCGUCUUCACCGUACAUUAGGGAUCUAGCCACAUUGGUGGUAGCCUAUGGUAUCAGUAUUAAUCUCGUUGAGGUGACCUGGAAAUCAAAGCUCAAAGCCCAGUUUCCCAGCCCGAAUGAAUACUCUGCUUUCAUGGGUGAUUUCUCAACCGCAACUGGAAUAACAACAUUCACAAUGAUGUUGCUAAGUGGGUGGAUAUUCGACAAAUACGGGUGGGGUGUGGCAGCCAAAAUUACACCCACGGUUCUUCUUGCAACGGGGAUCGGGUUUUUCUCGUUGAUUCUGUUUGGUGACCCGCUCGCACCAAGUAUGAUGAAGUUUGGAAUCACUCCACUUUUAGCAGCGGUUUAUGUAGGUGCUAUGCAAAAUAUAUUCAGCAAAAGUGCCAAAUAUAGUCUGUUUGAUCCUUGCAAGGAAAUGGCCUAUAUUCCUUUGGAUGAGGAUACCAAGGUUAAAGGGAAGGCGGCAAUCGAUGUGGUAUGCAACCCGUUAGGGAAAUCAGGCGGUGCUUUGAUCCAACAAUUCAUGAUAUUGACAUUCGGAUCACUUGCAAACUCAACGCCGUAUCUUGGUGGAAUAUUAUUAGUAAUCGUUUUGGCAUGGUUAGCGGCAGCAAGGUCAUUAGACACACAGUUCACCGCUUUACGACGCGAGGAGGAGAUUGAGAAAGAGAUGGAGAGGACAGCUGUCAAAAUCCCAGUGGUGUCUUCAAACGAAGACGGAGACGAUAACAAAUCUCUUGGAAGCUCAACGGAAACAUCGUAUCCUACCAACUCUUGAAGAACAAUAAAAGUUGUUUGCAGGAUCAGUUUGAUCUGGUUUUAUAGUAUUUGAAGUCUUUGAUCUACAUAGAUAUCAUGUUUACUAGUUUGAUUUUAGUUUUAUUCAUCAAAAUCUGUGUACAAACAGCAUAUGGGUAUUAUUUUCACCAUUUUAUUAUUAGUUUGCUAUGUAUGCUUCACACUUUUGAUA